AUGGCCGCGACGCUGCGAGGGGGCUCCAUCUACUGCGAGGCGGUCCUCCCGCCGGAAGACGUCUACUUUGAGGGAUCCGAGGACGAAGACUACGACAAUGCAGCGGAGCGGAGGAAGAGGUACGAGGCUGCCGGGCAGAAGUUUCUCUCUGGCAGCGUGCCAUUUCUGCUGUCCGCAAGCUUGAAGGGCCCCUUCGACGAGGCAUCCGGCUGGGUCAAUCCGUGGCGGUCAAAGAAUCGCACCGCUCAUUCGCACUCUCGACCGGAAUCCGCAAAACUAGGCGCUCAGUGCACCAGUCCAAUGCGGCCUGCAACGUCUGCCUCUGCUUCUACCGCAACGCAAGCCAUCGAGGUUCUCAAAAACGCCGAGUGUGCCCUUCCUAGUCCGGAAAGCCUUAAGCAGGCUCCCUUCACUGCGACACCUUCACGGCUCCGAGGCAAAGUCGCGGAUGAGGAUCGCUGGGGUGAUGGCAUGGCGUCGCUUACGUCGACCAAAGAUGACACUGACCCCUGGAUGGCGAGUUCGCCGUCACGGAAGCUGAAGAAGAAGAGAUCCAAGUCGUCAAUUGGCGCGAACAGCACAUCAAAAAAGCGCCAGAAAACUGAAACAACAGAGAUUGAGACCCAAACUCCCACCUCAGGACGUCGGGCUACGAGGUCAAAUGCCGAUGAACUACGCACAAACACCAAGGCUGACAUGCGCAAUUCAUCCAUAUAUGCUCAUAUUCGGGAGCUUACGUCGAAAUUUCCAAGGCAAGACCUAUCGAGCGACGAUGAGAUUGCUUUUGAUGACGACGACAGCGACGCUUUGCUCACCAGCCAAUCAGUUCCUUCAUCCUCUGCAAAUUUGGUUUUGUCGCCAUGGAAAGACUCGUCCAGCGAGGCAUUGCGGCAGAGGCUGAAUCCACACUCAUCCUUUUCAUCCCCACCGCGUCGGUUGGGCUUGGCCGGAGCGCUGUCUCCUGUCUCCAUGUCGUCGGCACAAACUCCCACCAAACGGACGGCUCUUUCAGCCUCCUCACCCGGCCGUUUGCCGUCCAUGAACGGAUCAUCCGCCUCUAGAACUCCAACGAGGACCUUGCGCUUUUCAGAUAUGGAUAUGCUCGACAUGGACGGUGCUGACGGCGACAGUGCUAUUGGCAACACGAUGGCACCAGAAACUCAAUCGCAGGAACAGGAGCUCCCGUCACUCAGACAGCUUGAUGUCAACGACGUGAAUCAUGUCAAUGGCACUCCGGAUCCAAUUUCACGUGCAGCUACCGCAUAUCGACCUGAUUGUGAAGCAACCACAUCCCGCCACGCACAGGAUGAUUCUAUACUCGGUCCAAAAACCAGCCCCGGAAAGCUCGAUAGUCAUCUCAAGCCAAUCCGUGCUACGCCACCUCGACAAGUGACACAUCCCGUGAUUUACGAUGACGCCAAAAGGGUCAACCGCUCGUCUCCUGGCUCUAGUAUUACAGCUCCAUCAAGUUCACAACAGCCCGCUGCGAGUCAGAACGAAGUCGCCAAGUCUCCCAGCGAUUCCAAACUUACAAAGACGAGCAAAUUCCCGAAGUCGUCGGCACUUCAGUCGUUGAGCCCUCGAAAUGGUAGAAUCAACUCGCGACCUGCGCUCAAGAAGGCUGUGCGGUCUUAUAUGUCGUCACCACUCAAACCAUCAACAUCGAGCGUAAACAGAUCUUACUUGCACAAGGAAGACGGCCAGCUGUCAAAGGAGAAUGUUGAGACCAAAGACGCAAAUGAGAGCGCGUCACUGCUGACAAGAAGUGUCAACAUCUCAGCAUCACAGCCUGAACCGGAUGAAGUACUUGCCACCUCCACUCCCGAAGCUGAUCCUUCAAAGGCGAGCGCUAUCCUGGAGAAUCAUUCCGCUCCUAAAGCUGAGUCUCCAAAGGCGGACAAAGUUCAGCAGGGUCCUUCGGCUCCCGAUGCUGCAGCCCCAUUACUCUCCCCCUUCGGCCUUGCGCCACCUGGUAUCACCGAGCCUACAGUGAUGGACGAUACAGUCCAGGGAGCUGGGCAGUCUAACGUACCGGAAUUAGUAGAGCCAAGCUUCAUCCAAGAGGAACUUCCAGCACAGUCCGAGUCUUCUAUCCCCCUGGCAGACGCGGGUCUCGGCACGCCUGAAAUGCAAGCAUCCGAGGACACGUCAGAAAACCCAGAUGUGUCUGACUCAACAGGUCCUGCGAUAGCUAGCCAUACCCCUACGCAGGAGCAGCAGAAGCAAACGCUCGGCCCUAUCGACGCCGCCAAAAGUCCCGUCCUACCCCCACAAAGCGUCGAGACGCAUCAGUCGCCUUCUGAAGAUAUGCCUCCACCUUCCGACAAGGCGUUCAAGAGACCAUCCACGCCAGAGCCGCAGUUUGCCUUUACGUCCUUUUCGUCAUUCAUGUCACCUUCUCCCAGCCAUCGCCGCCAGGUCCGUUAUUCUUGGGAUGGGGCUCCGAAUGGCGUCGGUCCUACAUCGCGAGGCAUCCUCCUAUCCAGCAAAAAGGGGCCGUUGACAAGCACAGCAUCCAAGAAACGGGUCUCCUGGGCUCCUCUGCCGCAUGAAGAGACGGCGAGCACCGGCGAGGAGACUGCAUCAGAGACGAACACGUCAUCAUCGCCGUCACGAGGCAGGGACCGAGCAGUUUCACCACCUCCACCGCCGUCUACCAGCCUCGCUUCUGAUUCGCUCGAAGAGAGAGACAUGAAUUUCAGCCACCACUUUGCUGCCGUGGCCGACCGUACCAAGGGCACACAACCGCAGAGCGCACCAACCGCAUCGGGAGACGGAUCCUACGGCCCCGGCAUGGAGACGACCGUCACUGCAGCAGAAAUCGCCAGUUGGACUGAAGUCACAAACAGCCCCAAGAUGAUUCUGGAGGAGGUGGAUAAGGGGGCGGCAAAGUUGACUGGCGGAUGGGAUGGCGGUGAGGAAGCCACAGAUAUUGUGGAGGACAUAUUCAACGAGAUGGACGACUUUUUGCAGGUCUGGGACGUCGACGCUGAGCUGAAGGAGGCGCGAAAGGCAGACAAAGCGCGGGCAGCUGGCGAGAAGAAGCAGGAUGAAGGCAUGCUGGAGGCUGAUGCGGGCAUGGCCGUGGACAUGGACAUGACUUCGCAGUUUUUCUUCUGA